GGAAAUAUCAUGCAGGUGCUAUUUUUAGUGAGCUUAGGUAAACAGCGGACUAGGGUUAGCUCAACCUGAUAACACACAUUGAGUAGAAGGGAGCGGGAGUCUAAUCAGACAUGGUAUUGACGUUGAAUUGAUAAUGUGGAGAGACUUUGGGAUAGCAAUGAAGAUGGAGAGACAGACGCCAUGAUGAAAGAGGAAUUCGGUUGCGACAUCACGUGCUCCCCAGUUCAAUCUCGCGCCACGCCAGUUCUUCCCCCGUGUAGAGUCUGUGAUGAGAACGCUUCUGGGUUCCACUAUGGCGUCAACACAUGCGAGGCAUGCAAGGGAUUCUUUCGACGGAGCAUGCUACGACGAGAGAAAUACAAAUGUCUUGGAAAUGGCAACUGCGACAUAUCACUGGCAAGAAGAAAUGGCUGUCCAUACUGCAGAUAUAAGAAAUGUCUGGCAGUCGGCAUGUCAAAACACGCCAUCAAAACGGGUCGAUACACACACAAAAAGAGAACACAAGAUAUUUUAGAGAUCCAGAAAAUUCGAGAUGGCACAGCAUCAGAAUAUGAAGACACAGUGGUACCGGUCUCCACUCACCCGGCACCAUGGCGACUAUCGGGGGACGUCACGGAGACCGAGACCCUUAUGACGACAAUACUAGACGCGCACAAAAAAUAUGUGCAGUCCACAUUGAAUAUAUCCGAGGACACUCUCGAGAAAGAUCAGCAAACAUAUUACGAGCAAUACAAGUUAAAGGUGGACAUGUUUGGACCAAUGACUACCUUGCCUCGUGAGCAGUACGAUGAGAUUUACCAGUCAACUGGGAUAGAUAUCGAUAACCGCCAGGAUAUGAUGAGGGCUUUUGCUGCGUCCAUGGAGGCAGGGAUACGGCGGUAUAUCAGCUUCGUGAAGGCGGUUCCAGGGUUCACGGUAUUAUCUUCAGAUGAUCAGGCAAAUCUCAUUAAAGGUGCGAGGUUCGAGUUUUUCUUUCUGGGCAGCUUCCGGGGCUACAACAGUAAACUGAAGGUGUUGAGUACAUCGUCGGGCAAGUGCCUACAUCUUCAUGAAAUAUGUAAGAUAUGGGAUGAAGACUUCAUGCUUGAAGCUUUUAACUUUGCUGAUUCGCUGAAAGUUCUGAAACUCAGUGUAGAAGAGUGCGUGGUGAUCAAGACAAUGUGUAUUCUAUUCACUGAUCGAUGUGACCUAGCACAGCCUGACAAGGUGGAGGAAAUCCAAUGGAAAGUCAUCAAAUGUCUGAUACUCCUUCUCCAGAAACACCAUUCGAAACCGAUGAUAAGAUUCGCCAAGAUCAUAGAUCGUCUCACAGCCGUCAGAAACCUUACAGAGUGGAACAACAAAAUAGCUAAAAGUUUGUACUUGUGGCCCGCCGUGCAACAGAGUCCCCUGUUACUGGACAUGUUAGCAACGUAACGCUAAUUCGUUAGCAGUGACGUUAAUACGUUUCUACAAAGGCCUACUUCAGUGACAGUGAAGCGAAGAAGGUGUCUUUUGUGGAAAAUUGUGAAGUGAUUCAUUACGAAGUUGAAUAUAUCGUCUUCGCAUCGGACGUGUGUGACUAUAAAGACAAUAUAUAUGUGCAGACGAUUCGUUAGGUUUUAACAUUAAGAUAUUCCGGAACGGAACAAUGGAUCCCUUCAGUGGCUUCAAUCACAAUAAAAAUAACAAUACUGUAAUUCAGGCGAACCCUUUUCGCGAAAACCAGUGUCAUCACUGAUUUUCAAUCAUCCAUUCAUAUAAUUUUCCCCGCUAUUUUGUCUUUUACGGGUGCCUGUUUCGGCAGAUAAUUAACACUGAUUAUUUUCUAUAUUCUGGUAUUUAUUAUAGCUAAAAUGGAUAGAAUUUACCCAGAGAUGAGCGGACCACUGUAACUUGAUAAUGCCCUCAUAUUGCUUGACGACGGGCCGAUAUCACGCCGGUUGUUAAGUGACGUUAUAGGGUUAGGAAAGGUGACGUCACGCUCAAUAGUGACGUCAUCUGGUUUGUUUUAUGACGAUUCCAUUUUUGUAAAAGUGGGUCAGUGAAAUUCGUGUUGUUUGCACAAAAUGUUUCAAAACCGAUACUGUUUAUUUUAUGUGAUAACAAA